AAAUAAAAAAAAAUUGACACAACAAACAGAUAAAAUAUAAGGUUAUUAAUCCAAUUAUUGUGUCAACAAUUGUUUUAUUGUUAAAAUAAAUAAAAACAAUAAAAUUUAAAUAUAAAAAUCCAGUAGUUUGUUAAUACGAAUGUUUUUUUGAUCAAUAAUAAUAAAAAUAAUAUUUAAAAAUGGAAAAUAGUGGUGAAAGUGGUGAUGAUGUACCUCAGGGUAAUUUUUUUCAAGCAUCUGGUGUAUCAAAUAAUUAUAUUGGUGUUCAUUCAGAUGAUUUAGAAGAUGAUCCAGAAAAUACUGAUGAUUCAAAUCAUGGUGGUAGUGAUCCAUUACAUUCUGGUGGACAUGGUGGUUCAACAUUACGUGAACAAGAUCGUUUUUUACCAAUAGCAAAUGUUGCUAAAAUAAUGAAACGUGCAAUACCAGAUUCUGGUAAAAUAGCUAAAGAUGCACGUGAAUGUGUACAAGAAUGUGUUUCUGAAUUUAUAUCAUUUAUAACAUCUGAAGCAAGUGAUCGUUGUCAUAUGGAAAAACGUAAAACAAUUAAUGGUGAAGAUAUAUUAUUUGCAAUGACAACACUUGGUUUUGAUAAUUAUGUUGAACCACUUAAAGUUUAUUUACAAAAAUACAGAGAAGCAACAAAAGGUGACAAUCCAAUUGCUGUUGGACAAACUGGUAAUGGAAUUAAAACAGAUACAACAAAUCCAAUUUAUGAAGAACAAUUAUAUACAAUAUCAACAGCAAAUAAUGCAUCAACUUCAGAUACACCAGUUAUUUAUAGUUAUUCAACUGGUGAUCAGAUGCAAUUUCAAUUAUCCUGAUCAUUGAAAUUUCAAAUGACCUAUUGUCAUUCAUUUUUUGUCUCGAAUAAUAAUUUAAAAUCAAUUUUCUUUUUUUUUUUUGUUUUUUAUUAAGUCUAUAAUUAAUUAAUUAUAAUUAAACGAUAGUCUGUUUUUUUUUGUUCUUUUUUUUAAUACCUAAAAAUUACAAAUUAAUUAUUUAAAAAAACAUUUCCAAAUUAUUUAAUUUAAAUUUUCCUUUUAUUUAUUUUUAUGCUCCAAGGCAUAAUUAAUAAUUUAUCAAUUAAAUUUUUAUUUUUUUUCAUUUUGUUUCUAUUUUUAUUUUUUUUCACAGGUUUCAAAUAAUUUGGUCAUACAUACAAAGGAAAAAUUAGACGAGCCUUUAUUGUAAUAUCAUCCAAGCACCAAUAAACUAUUUUAUAAUUUUUUUUU